GGUUAUGAUUACGUCAGACAAGAAAUCGAUUGUUUCCAUAAACAUCUAUCCUUGUAUACUUGAAAUUUCAUAAAUCAAACAAGUGCGUCUUUUUAAGUUUGAAGUAAUGAGUGUUUAACAGCUAAACAUUGCACUUUUAGUCUUAAUUAACAUUAAAAUUGAAUGAUUUGAAUUUAUUGAAUAUUUGAAUUGUGUAUUCCGACGUCGCGUCGGUUGAACAGAUACGUUACGAUUAGCGGGCGAUCGACGUAUUGAACCUUAUUAAACAUUCAAGGAUUACUAUCACGAAUAAUUAUGUGGACUUUCAUCUUCAUCUGUGUUUUUUUGCAGACGUACAGUUCAUCUGUCUCGAUAGCCAAACUGAUUCCAAAUCCUGCUGCUCUUGUUUUGAACGUGGCCAAAUUUGCUUUCAGUAUAUAUACCCAUAUUGAAGAAAAAAACUCUGCCUCAAAAGAGAAAGAGGAAAUUAUACAAACAUUGUCCAACAAAAUCGAAUCUGCGAGCGAGUCUCUGUAUACAAAGUUGCUGAUCAAUCUGCAGUUUAAUAAAAUAGAAGAGACUCAGCUGGAUGUAAAUAGCAGAAUGAUUGAUUUAAAAAAUUGCCUGACGGCAAAGCAAUCGGAAGUUGAUGGUUACAAACGCAUAUUUGUGGCAAAUGCCUACCAAGCGGUUGCAAAGGUAAGAUACCUGUCAAAACACUUGCUGGAACAAAUACCCGGAUCUGGUAAAAAUAUCAUCCAGAUGGUAUCCGACACUUCUCGAUGUAAUCGGACAGCUAUGGAUACGAUGGCAAAUGAAAGUUUAGAUUUAAUGUCUGAUGGUAUGCUCAUUGAAAUGACUUCGUUAAGAAUGUCAGACAAUUUUUCCUUUGAAAUAGAGAAAACGUUCUGGGGAAAUGAGCUAAAAAUCGUGAUGGCAGGCUUUCAGCAAGAGUAUAAUUCUUGUUCGGCAAAGGAACGAGAGAUGGCUUUAGAAGAUUUGAGGAACGGUGGGGAUCUCACAGUUCUUCACAACAACAAUAAACAGCGAUAUCAAUGGCCAUGGAACGAUAUUUUCCUAAUUGAUAAUGGAAUUCCCGACGUUUUUGGAUACUACCAGGUCGAUGAAAAAAAAAUCUUGAUAAAUAAAGGAAGCGAUAAAACUAAAAUUGUAACUUACAAAAGAACUGAGAAUUCCUUGUCAGGAUUCACGGCCAAGACUCUGUCCCAAAUAAUUACAGAAAGAAUUAAAACUGGGAGGGACGAUGCGGAUAACAUUGCGGCUAAAGUUAAAUCAGCCAUGAAUGAGAAAAAUGUCAGACAUAGUGCUGUGAUCGUCUACUUCAAUGGGGCAAAAUACCAGCCAUCAAAAGUAAUUGAUCCAGGAUCCCAGGCUAUUUGGGCGGAUACAGACAAGCGUUAUAUCGACUACUGUACAUCGUUUUGGUGUCCAAUAAACUGGGACAACUGGCUGGGAGUUGAAGAAACGGAACAUGGAUAUUUCACCGUAUAUGUUGUCCUUGAUAACAGUGUCAGUACACCAUCACAUUCGUUUGUAUCCGACACCGCUGCGAAUACUGAAUCGUCAUUGUGUUUGCUUAGUGCGUUGUUCUUCCUUUUUAUUGAGUUUUAGACUGACCCUUCAGGAGAAGUUUUUCACCGAGUCAAAAUAUUGGAACCAGGGUUUAAUGUAUUUUUAUCUGAUAAAUCCAAGCCGCUUAGAUACAUAAAUAGAUUUAAAGAUAUGCAAGAACGCUUCGUCACUGAAUUCGAAACGUAACAAAAAUGAAUAACACAUUGUUUAUAAUCGAGAAAAACCAGAUCGUCAGAACGUUUCAAAACAAACUAAUCAAGCUCGAUUUUGAAGUCCAUUUGUUAACAGACAAUACGUUCGAAAUGACAAACGGUACAAUAAUAAAUACAGUUGUUCGCUAAAAAUAUAUGCCUUACACGCAGAGGAUCCUUAUUAAAUCAGGUUUUGAAGUAUUUUUUGUAAUAUACAUGUCAUGACAUUUAAGAUUACGGAGAAGACGAUCUAUACAUGUUAUUUAAUAAAAUCUUUAUACAAAUUAUCGGUCAUUAUAGCGAACCAGUAUCAAAGUUUUGCAAAAACGGCAUUUUAAUAACAAGUAUCCAAAUACAUCACGAUAAGUCUUUUUAUUUCUCUAGAAGGGAUUUUCUAAUGAGUCGUUUUGUCCGGUUUUAUUUGUAUUAUUGUGAUACUAGUACUUUACAUUGAUGCUUCAUUGAAUGCAUUAUAUUGUUUUUAGCUCAACUGAGCGAUAGCUCGAGGUGAGCUAUUGUGAUCACUCAGCGUCCGGCGUCCGUCCGUCCGUCCGUCCGUCCGUCCGUAAACAAUUUGUAAACAUCUUCUUCUACUAAACCAUUGAGCCAAGUUCAACUAAAUUGCAUGUGGAGCAUCCCUAGGUUAUGGGACAAAAGAAUUGUUAAAAAAAAUUUGAUCACAUAACCAAGAUGGCCGCCAUGAACAUAUAUGGUAAAAACCUUAAAAAAUCUUCUUGUCAGAAACCGCUCAUCAGAUUUUCAAAAAAUUUCACAGGGAUGACCUUUGAGGGCUCCCCUGAAAAAGUUGUUCAAAGAAAUUUGAUUCGUCAAAAAACAUGGCCGCAGGAGCUCGUUGAACUUUGCAUGUUUAUUCGUUUUUGCCUAUUUUGUGAAAACUUUCAAAAAUCUUCCACAUUUUUUGUCCGAUCCUUUCCAAAUUUGCACAGUGUCUUUAUAUCAAUGAGGACACGAACCCUACAAAAAAAUGAGCAUUAUUGGUCCAUGAAGUACAGAAUUACCUCCCCUUGAAUUGAGAAAAUGGUGUUUAUGCAAUAAAGUCCAAUUUUUUCAUCUAAUUCUUUCCAAACUUGUAAGGAUUUAGCAUGGUUCAAACACGGAAAACAACUACGGUUUAUGCAUGUUCUUUUUAUUACAGAUUUGCCUCCCUUUAAUUCAUUCAAAAUCUCAUUUUACAGCAGAGAUUCCAAAUCUGACCUGUAAAUGAGCCCCAUAUUUACUGCUGGUGCUAUGUUACCUUUUCCCAUUUGAUCAUUCUUAAGUAUUGGUCUUGUAAUGCUGCUACUGCUACUGCUACUGCUACUGCUACUACUACUACUACUACUACUACUACUACUACUACUACUACUACUACUACUACUACUACUACUUCUACUACUACUACUACUACUUCUACUACUACUACCACUACUACUACUACUACUACUACUACUACUACUACUACUACUACUACUACUACUACUACUACUACUACUAGUACUACUACUACUAGUACUACUACCACUACCACCACCACCACCACCACCACCACCACGUCUACUAUUACUACUUCUACUACUACUGCCACUACUACUACUACUUUUACCACUACUACUACUACUACUACUACUACUAUCACUACUACUACUACUACUACUACUACUUCUACUACUACUUCUACUACUACUACUAUUACUACUUCUACUACUACUACUACUACUACUACUACUACUACUACUACAACUACUAUUACUACUACUACUACUACUACUACUACUACUACUUCUACUACUACUACUACUACUACUACUACUACACACCACCACCACCACCACCACCACCAUUCACAGUGACAAAAAACGUAUUCACACAAUGGCUGCUACUACAACUUAUAGCCCAUAUAGGGGGGCAUGCAUGUUUUACAAACAGCCCUUGUUUCUAUGGGAUUUUAACCACAACUGUUCAUGUUUAUCUCCGACACAUAUUUUUAGGUCACCUGUCAUGAAGUGACACGGUGAGCUUAUGUGAUCGUGUGAUGUCCGGCGUCCGUUGUGCGUGCCUGCGUGUGUCCGUGCGUCCGUCCGUCAACAAUUUGUUUGUGUAGACAGUAGAGGUCACAGUUUGCAUCCAAUCUUGAUGAAAUUUGGUCAAAAUGUUUAUCUUGAUGAAAUCCGGUUUGGGAUUGUAUUUGGGUCAUCUGGGGUCAAAAACAAGGUCACUAGGUCAAAUAAUAGAACAACCUUCUGUAGACAAUAGAGGUCACAGUUUACAUCCAAUCUUUAUGAAAUUUGGUCAGAAUGUUUAUCUUGAUGAAAUCUGGGUUGGGAUUUUAUUUGGGUCAUCUGGGGUCAAAAACUAGGUCACUAGGUCAAAUAAUAGAAAAACCUUGUGUAGACAUUAAAGAUCACAGUUUUCAUCCAACCUUUAUGAAAUUUGGUCAGAAUUCUUGAUGAAAUCUGGGUGGGAUUGUAUUUGGGUCAUCUGGGGUAAAAAUCUAGGUCAAAUAAAUAGAAAAACCUUGUGUUGACAAUAGAGGUCACAGUUUUCAUCCAAUAUUUAUGAACUGUGGUCAGAAUGUUUAUCUUGAUGAAAUCUGGAUUGGGAUUGUAUUUGGGUCAUCUAGAGUCAGGAACUAGGUCACUAGGUCAAAUCAUAGAAAAACAUUGUGUAGACAAUAGAGGUCAUAGUUUUCAUCUGAUCUUAAUGAGUCAGGUGAGCGAUUCAGGGCCAUCAUGGCCCUCUUGUUUGAAAUUGAAAUCACUUUUUUGUCGGCUUCAUUUUUAUUAUUUUACUAACUGUGACAUACAAGAAAUAUCUCUUACGUGAUUCAUUCAUAUUUCAAGGAUGUGAUGUUAGUAUAAUAUGAAAUUUGUGAAGUAAAAGAAUGUUUGAAAAAUAGAGAUUUGGAAUUUAUUUGGAUAAAAUAUAUUUGUUUUACCUUUUUUGUCAGUAUGAUAUUGAUUACCCGUUCUACAUUACUAGAUGUUCUGUUUGCAGACAGGCGAAAUUUUGUGUGCCAUUAUAUCAUGUUUACCCGUUCAAUUUUAUUAAUUGUUGAUUUUUGUUUUGUAAUGGUUGCACGCGUUCUAUAAACGUUCUGCGCGAAAAUCAAACACCGACUAGAUUAUUUCCCUAUAAAUGCUAUUUGAAAUAGAACAUUUACCUUCAAUAGUUAUGCGUAUGAUGCGUUGCCAAAUAGUUUUUUGUUAUAUAGGCAAGUAAUCAUCACUUUAAAUUAAACCUUCAGCAGAUGUUCAUCAAAAACUUAAUGUAUUGGUACCAAUGUUUAAUGUAUUUGUAUCUGAAAAAACUGGGCCUCGUAGAUAUGUAAAUAUAUUUUGCGAUAUGCAAGCACGCAUCGCCCCAUAAUGGGAAAAGUAACAAAAAUGAAAAUCAAAAUUUGUUAACAGACAAUACGUUCAAAAUGACAAUUGGUACAAUAAUAUAUUCAGUUGUACGGUCAGAAUAAAUUCUUUGCACGCAGAUGAUCCUAAUUCAAUCAGGUAUUCAAGAAACAUUUUAUAUAUCAUAACAUUUUAGAUUACGGAGAAGUCGAUCAAUACAUCAUUUAUACAUAAAAUCUGUAUACAAAUUAUCGGGCAUUAUAAUGAACCAGUAUAAAAGUUUUGCAUAAACGGCAUUAUAAUUAUUCAAAUAUAUCAUUAUAAGUCCUUGUUUGUUUUUAGAUUGAAUUUUGUUGAUUUCUAGAAGGGAUUUUUUAAUGAGUCGUUUAGUCCGGUGUUAUUUGUAUUAUUGUUAUUCUUUACAGUGAUGAUUCAUUGAAUGCAUUAUAUGUAUUUUUGAAAUUGAAAUCACUUUUGUGUCGGCCUCAUUUAUAUUAUCUCACUAACUGUGACUUAAUAGCUUUAACUCUUACGUGAUUCAUGCAUACUUCAUGGUUAUGAUGUUAAUAUAAUUUCAAGAUUGUGAAGUAAAAAUGUGUUUGACAAUUACAUCUUUUAAUUUGUUUCAAUGAAAUACAUUCGUGUCACGUAUUUGUCAUUAUGAUAUUGAUAACCCGUUUUAUGUUUAUAGAUCUUCUGUUUGCAGACAGGCGAAAUUAUCUGUGCCAUUAUAUCAUGUUUACCUGUUCAAUUAAUUAAUUGUUCUGUUUUGUUUUGCAAUCGUUGCACGCGUUCUAUAAACGUUCUGUGCACAAAUCAAACGCCGACUAGAUUAUUGCCUUAAAAUGUAAUCACUAUUUUGCAUGCGUAUGAUUCGUUUUUAAUUAGUUUUGUUUCUUAUGUAGGCAGGUGAUCAUCACUUUAAAUUAAACCUUCAUAAAUGCGAUAUGCAAGGACGGCAAGGACGCUCCGUCUCAUAAUAACUGUUGCCAUGUAUCAUAACACUUUAAAUACAUGUUGAACUCAAACGAUUGCAUAUCGGUUCAAAAUAGCUGUAUGGUCCGAUGUUAUUGGGAUCCCAGCGAAAUCAUUUUUCGAAAAUGUGUAUCAAAUGCGCAGUUUGUACUAUUUAUUUAAUCAGAACACUUAUUUACGUAUACAGAUAAUAAUUUAGGUACUGUCAUUUUUUGCGCUUCGAUCAUGUAUUUAAAAUGUUUAUCUAAUGCGCAGAUUUCUAUAACUGGUACUAUUGACUUAAACAGAACACUAAUUAACGUUUACAGAUAAUAAUUUAGGUACUGCCAUUUUGCGCUUUUAGCAUGUAUGUAUAUAAAAAUGGGUAUCAAAUUCGCAGUUUUAUGUCACUGGUACUUUUGACUUAAACAGAACACUCAUAUACGUUAACUGGUAAUAAUUUAGGUACUUUCAAUGUUUUGCUCUGCGAUCAUGAAUGUAUAAAUCGAAACAAUGAACGUAUCGUUUAAUGUUGUGCUAUCUAAUAGUUUUGAUUACCAAAGAAUAAAAUCUGACAACCGGUG